AUGUGUAGGGCGUUCCCGACCGCGCUGAAGGGGCCUGCGAGGGUUUGGUUCAGUAGGUUGACACCAAACUCCAUCAAUACUUUCAAGGAGUUGAGCGCCCAAUUCACCUCACACUUUAUAGGCGAACAUCGGUACAAAAGGUCCACCGCGUGCUUAAUGAGCAUCAAGCAGCGAGAAGACGAGACGCUGUGGGCCUACAUAACUCGUUUCAACAAAGAAGCCCUUUCGAUUGACGAAGCUAACGAUAAGAUACUCGUAGCCGUGUUUACUAGCGGGCUACGGAAGGGUAAGUUCUUGUUUUCCUUGUACAAGAAUGACCCAAAGACCAUGACGGACGUUCUCUACAAGGCUACCAAGUACAUGAAUGUAGAGGAUGCAUUGCUGGCCCGCAAGGAAAAGCCUAAGAAGAGGGAGAGGCAGGAGGACAUGCGACAAGAUAGGGAGCGAAAGGUCACUAAAACCGGGGAUCAACGUGAUGAAAAGUGCUCCAGACCCCCCACUAGAAGAUUCACCAAUUUCACCCCGUUAAUUGCCCCGAUCGACCAAGUAUUAAUGCAAAUCAAAGAUGAAGGAGCAUUGACUUUCCCUGGAAAGUUGAAGGGAGACCCCAACAAACGACCGAGAGACAAGUAUUGUCGCUUUCACCAAGACCAUGAGCACGACACAGCCAACUGCUACGACCUGAAGCAGCAGAUUGAGGCCCUAAUUAGGCAGGGGAAGCUACGGAGGUUCGUCAGCAGGGAAAGAACUAAUGCACCGGAGGAACAGGCCUCACGACAAGAGAACGAGCGCCCUAGACCACUCAUAGGGGGCACAGCUGCAGCCGGAUCUUCCAAGAAAGCCCGCAAAACCUACCUCAAGAUGGUCCAUAGCGUCUAA